ACCAAACAACACAUGUUCAAUUUUCAUAAAAAUGUGCACCUCUUUGGUCAUUGUUUUAAAAUAUUGUGUAUUGUUAAAAUAAAAUAAUAUUCAAAUUUCCAUGUAUAACAAUAUUCGUUAAGUUUAUAUUUACAUUCUCUUGCCUAACUGUGAACUGAAAAGGUGAAAUACAAAAUCAUGGGUCGCAUAAGCAAACGGAAACGACACGUGCAGAAGUUGGCUCAGCGAAGGGUGGCCAUAUCACGUGACAAGAAACAACGAGAUUAUCAAGUUUCCUCAGUAUUUCCAGGAGAAUUAUCCACCGACGAGGUAAUCGAGGCGAUAGAAGAGGAGGAGGACAUUAUUGUCCCGAUAAUCUGUAUCAUUUGCUGUUGUCCUGUUCCCCAAAAGAACAAAAAGUAUCCCACCCGAGUGAAAUUUCUGCUGGGACACGUCGUCCCAUAUUCGCACACACACUUUCGCCAGGAAGAGAUUGAACAGCACAUCGACCUCUGUGCCUCAUGUGUGCGUCUUGUCGGCCAAGGGGAACAAUUACAUGGCGCGAUUGUCCGCCUGGAGAAGGAGUUGGACCAGGUGAAGAACAAUGUCAAGAAAUUGGUGCAGAAUUCCACCCUCGCUAAGCAGGAGGGGGAGGACGGGGAAAAGUUGGUGGUGGAAAAAAUUUACAGAAAUAUUCGCGAACAAUUGUUGAGUGACUUCGCUGGAGAGGAGGACCAAGAAAACUUUUUCGUCGCGGACUGGGCAGGAGUAGACUUUGAUGAGAAUGAAGAACAGCAGACGGAGAAUAUUUUCAGAGCGGAAAUUGGAAAUGAUCCCUUAGAAUUUGGAGAGGAUUCAGUAGUUGAAGAAUCUAUUGCGAAUUCAGAUUCAAGUAUUGAAAAUAUAACCAGUGCAGAUUCAAAUAUUGCGAAUUCCAUCGCUGCAAUUUCAAAUUCAGUAGUUUCUGGUGUUAAACAAGAUUACAGAAAUUUUCCAGAAUUUCAGAAGCUACACAAGGGCAAAGUUGUAGCUACGUAUUCGAAAACGACUCCUAAAAGAAGCAUUGCUCCAAUCAAAAUUAGCAAGUUAUUGAAGGUGCAACACAAAGAUAAGAAAAAAUAUAUCCCAAAACCAAGCUUUGAAAAGUCUAAAAUCCCGACAGUAAAGAAACCUAGUGUAUUAAUACAUCAAACGGGGAUUUUUGGUCACCUCGUGACCCCGUCGAAGACUGGAGGGAAUUUUAGCCUGCCCUUAGUCAUUGAUGAACCGAUAUCGGUCCCGGAGGUUCGAAAGCUACCUGAGCUCACCACCCCCACAAAAAGUGGGAAUUAUCCUUGUGCCAUUUGUCCAGAUAGGUUCGAUACCCCCGUGGAGGCCACUUUACACCGGAAAUUUAUUCACCCAGGUCUCACCCUUUGCGCUAGUCCAGUUCUAAGUCUCCAAUACGGAAAAAUAUUCAGAUCUUGCGACGUAAAACGUCACCGGAUAGAAAGUCAUCCACUCCUUCGGUGUCCCGAAUGCAGGGAAUCGUUCACCUCCACGGACCGAUUAGCGUCUCACGUGGAGACAGUUCAUCACCCGGACGGAUCUGCGUUACCACCACUGCCAGAAUUUGGAUAUGAUGUCAAAUUAAUCCCGUGGGUGAUCCCGAUGACGAAGGAUGAAAUCCGAGAAGCGACCCGGGAUCAAGGAUUCUUUCGCGUUAAUUUAACCAGGGUAGAAAUUAAGGACACGUCUCCGCAACACGUGGUCGUCGAGCAAGCUAUUGGUGAAAAUGUUGAUGAAGCAGUCCCCUCUGGUUUGGUAUCUCAAAUGACGAACGAAUCAAACAAUGAGCAAGAAAUUCUGAAGAAUGGGACGGAUUCUGUAGCAAAGAAUAUUUCCACCACUCCAAAUGCGAACGUUUUUUCUACCGAAUUAACUCAACCUGUUCCACUGAAACUAAAGAAAAAGAAAAUUAUUUACAACUGUGGCGUCUGCAAUACAAAAUUCCCCGUGCAAUCCGAUCUCCUCCAACAUUUGGCUGAUGCGCACAAUCAAGCCCCGAAAUUCGGUUGUUUUGUGUGUCUCAAAGAAUUCACUUCGCUCAGUGAAUGCGAAGCGCACGUUUUAUCCGACCACCCUGACACCAAAGUACACAAGCAAAAGGUCAAAAUGAACACACGAAACAUUGACAAGAUCCCACAAAAUAAGUAUCGGAUGUGGCCCUUUAUGUGUAAACUGUGUCGGUUACGAUUCAUCUCGCUUCCCGUGCUACAGGAACAUAUCAAAUCGGAGGAUCACGUAAAAACGGUGGAAUUAGGGCGAUUGGAAACUUGCCCACGACAUGGAUGCGAGGACAAGUAUCGUGGCCAAGCAGAGUUGGAUUCUCAUCUUGCGGAACACAGGAAAAUUAAAUGUCCCCAGUGCCACUUUAAAUUUGCAGAUUCCAACCUCCUCCUACACCAUCGGGUCCGAUGUCAUAAAUACGUCCUCACAGAAGCAGAAUCUUUACAGCCAGUUGUGCAUCCAUGUCGUGUUGAAAAUUGUGGAAAACUAUUUUCCAGCUUUAACCACAAAGCGCGACUCGCAAAGCACAUGGCGAGCACGCACGGAAUAGGAGAACACACGUGUCACCAAUGUGGCAAAGUUUUUUCAGAAUUGCGUCUCCUCAAUCACCACGUGAAACACGUGCACGACAAGGUGCCAGGAAAGCAUAUGUGCGACAUUUGUGGGAAACGUUUCACUAAAAGGCGUUACCUUAACAGCCAUCGACCAAUUCAUGGCGAAGAGCGCCGUUUCCUUUGCUCCGAGUGUGGAAAAUCGUUCAAAACCAGUACGAGUUUAACAAUUCAUAAAUACUCGCAUGACCCGGAGCGUUGGACGAAACAUUAUCCGUAUCGGAUUCUAGUGGAAAAACGGCUUCAAACCCAGAGAAAAAGAGAGGCAGCGGCAGCAUCGAUUUCCGGUGGUCCAACUACUGUAACGAAGAGGAGGACGCGAAAAUCCAAUAUUUCCGGAGCAGAAAUAGUCGACCAAUUUGUCAGUACUGAAGAGGAGGAAGUUCAAAUGUGAAAUUCAAUAGUUCGGUAAUACCGAACUUCGGUUCCAAGCAGGAAUUUAAUGUUAUUUAUCUCACCUAUAUUUUUUUUUGCAUGAAAGCAAAUACUUCUGUGAUAAUAUAAUUUGUACGUUAUUAUUAUUAUUGUUUAACUACAUAUAUUAUUCAUUACUUGAAAACAAGCAUUGUGUUGGAGUGAGUGAGUUAGAAGUGCAGCAUAUUUGACGUUAUAAAUUAUUUAUCUAUGUAUUUACAUAUUUAUGUGUAAUAAACGGCAAAUGUAUUUACUUAUGGUAUAUAAGUUGAUAGAUAUAUAUGUAAUACAUGAACUUAAAUGUUCUACAUAUUUACAUGCAUGCGAAUAUUUGUCUCCCAAAUAAUCUUCAAAAUGUCAGUGUUACACUAAACACAUAGGCCAACCUGACAUACAUCCAGAAGUAUUUGUUCACUUUUAAAGCUAUGUAAAUAAAUCUGUAUUUUCUCAUUACCAGGAAAA